UUAAGGUUCGAUUUCUCUGUAGAAUUAGGACGCAGGUGGCCUGGAGCAAGGAGGCUGCAUGCGCGCGCAAGAGCCAGAGGGCGCUUGGCGGGAGCGCGCGGCAGUCAGCAUGAGACGCGCGCGGAGUGUCACGGGCCCCUUGCGGCGCGCCCACCCUGCCUCCGGGGCCACCUGGAAUGUUCAGGUGGUCCGAGGCAAGAUGUCUUCACAAUGCCUGUGGCACGCGUGCCGAGCGCUCUCCGCUGGACUGAUGUUGAUGUUGUUAGGGGCCGCCAUGGCUGUCAUAGGUUACUACGCGGACACGUUAUCUGUAGCGCAAGAAGUGCGGGGCAACGCAACUAUUUCUGUUAAAGACGAAACCCGAGGCUUUCACUUAAACAACCUAUCGUACGCGGGUCCUAUAGUCAUGGGAUUUGGAGGUUUCAUCGUAGUGGCGGCGUGCGUGAUGACAUUCGAAGCACGGGACAGUGCAGCUAAAGUGACGCCGGCGCGGCCGCAGGCGCUGCCGCGGCCGGUGCCGCGGCGCGGGCCGCCGUGCGCGGCGCCCGCCCGCCUCGACCAGCUCGGUGUGUACCGACUGCCGCACGUACUGCCGCUGCCGCAUGCCUUACCGCUAGCACCCAUACACAGAUAUCGAACACCACACGCAACCAGAACGGCUGAUGACAAAGUGAAGGGCCGCACUCGAUUCGGCUCGGCGCCCGACUUGCGUAGCGGCAGCACGCGCGCCGCUCUGCCGGUUAGCGCUCUACGCCGGCCGCUACGUCGCUACGCGCUCUCCGUAGACGAGCCGCCGCACUCUGCAGUCAGCGCUAGCGCAGCGGAGUCAGAGUGCGGCUCGCAGUCAUCGUUGGCGUUGGACUUGCACGGUAGCGGCGCUCGCGGCGGUGUCACGCUGCGCGUGCGAGACAGCUCGCGGCGCCGCCCCCUGGCGCGACAGCAACGUCUUCGCGAUGACACUAUACAUCCUACACCAGGCGAUAGUAUUAGCAAUAUAAACAACACUACAGAAGAAUCGAUAACGAGGUCAAACGACGAAGAGGUGGAAAAUAAAAAUUCAGUAGAAAUGGUACAUUUGUGUGGCGAUCCGAGCCGCACUAGAAGCGCUCCGCCGUCGCCCCGGCAGGACCUCACUUCUUCGCCGGUCUCACCCUCUUCGCACGUCACUGACACUUGUAUACUGAUAGAAGAGCCAGCUAUAGAAGAAGCUGCGGAAUCCCCACCAUUAGACAAAUGAAAACAAGACAUGUCUCGGGAUGCCGAGACGUUGGAUACCGCUACGCUCAUUAAUAAAGACCCUUGUUGAUAUUUUGUAUGAAAUAUACAAAUUUUUUAGUUAUUCUUUAUUAUAGAUACUUAAUAAUUUAUUGUUAAGUAUGUCCACUUGAGGGCUUUUCGAUGUGUCUUCGGAAAACGACGACAAUUAUCUAUUUUUUAGAUCCACUGUUGUAAUACCUAUAUUAUGAUGUUGUUUAGGAAUGUUUAUGACCUGUAUACAUUAGUUGUAAGGCGUUGUAUGACGGAAUCCAUAGGAUGUAAUAUUUAGAAGUGGUGUUAUUGUAGAUUAUAUAUUGAUUGAUGGACUUAGUUGGUUGUAGGUAUUUGUUCGCGAGAAUUUGUGGUAAAUCUAGGAAGCGAUAUUAAUGUGUAAAGAACAUAAAACGAUACAUACAGAGGGCACGUUACUUUUUAUUACAGCGUAAAUAACUAUACAUAUCAAAAUGAAAUUUAAUUGAUAUUUAAGUAAUAAUUAUUAAAACAACCCUUCUUUUAAAAAUCACUUAAUCAAUU